CACAGACGGACCAAAUAAAAGCUCUGAACCGCCAAACAAGCAGAGCUGAAACUGAAAUAUUUACUGUCUAAACUAAAAAGAUGAAGUUUAGAGGGAAAAUCGUGGAUAUCGCCUGUCUGAACCAUUUCACACGAGUCAUCACCACCAUCUCAAAGCUGACGAAGAUGUGCGUCCUGCGACUGACUCCAGACAACCUGUAUUUCGUACUUUCUGGUAAAGUUGCCAACGGAGGAGUCAGCAUGUGGUGUGAACUGUCGCAGGCUAACUUCUUUGAUGAGUACCAGAUGGAGGGUGUGUCCUCCGAGGCCAAUGAGAUCUGUUUGGAGGUGACUCCAGAGAACCUGUCCAGAGCCCUGAAGACGGUCCAGAGCGCCAAAGCUGUCAAAAUUAAACUGACCAAAAAGCACUGCCCCUGCCUCACCAUCGCCGCCGAGCUGCCAACCAUGUCCAGCAUCAACCGAGUCGUCACCCAUGACGUCCCAGUAGACGUCAUCCCCCGACGACUCUGGCACGAGUUCAAAGAACCAAGCAUGCCGGACUUUGACGUCAGCAUCUACCUGCCUCCGCUGAAGACCUUGAAGAACAUUGUAGACAGGAUGAAGAACCUCUCCAACUUCCUGGUAGUAGAGGCCAACCUGAACGGAGAGAUGAACCUGAAGAUUGAGACAGACCUGGUUUCUGUCACCACUCACUUCAAAGACCUGGGAAAUCCUCCAUGGGGUGAUGACGCCUCCCAGGACGGCGGUCCGUCUCAGAGCAGGGACCCAGACGACAUGGCCCAGGCCAGAGUGGACAUCAGGAAGCUGCAGCAGUUCCUUAUGGGACAGCAGGUCAAUCCCAGCAAGUCCAUGUGCAAUAUCGUCCAUCAGAGGAUCCUCCAUCUGAUUCUGCUGCAUGAAGACGUGUCGCUGCAGUAUUUUAUCCCCGCUGUGGCGUAGACGCUCUGCAGACAAGUUGUUUCUGCUCACUAUCAGUUUGAUAAAAAGAUAAAAAUGGACAAUGUGUCUGUUUUGGGAGAUUCCCCCACAUGGCAAAGGAAUCUUCUGUCACUCCAAACCCAGAUUGAGACAAAACUCAUGAUGUCUGGGAGUGUGUCCUACAUUUAGAAAGGCUGGAGAAUCUCAGGAAGACUUUACUCACUGACCUUUGGUAGGAGUGAGGACAUGUUGGUAAAUGCACAUUGAUCAAGGAGGAAGGUGACGAAAGUGACAUUUGGACAAUUGAGAAGGGAGAGAGA